CUCAGUUCUGGUCUCAUGUCGGCGAUUUGAGCGCAUUAUUCGACCUCAGGCUUCGCUUCUUCGCUUCUUCCCCCGGUCAGCUCGUCUCUCACUCUCAUGAGUGUACAUCCAACCAGCCAGCGACUGGACGCGUAGCCGCUUUGCGCCUAUGGCUAACGCCGCGUCCGUGAACGUGAACGCGGUUCUCUCUGUCAAUCUCGCCAGUAUCUGCAUUGAGAGUCUCCUUUGCGGCAUGUUUGACUUCCUCACCGUUGCGUCCAUCUAUCUGUUGCACAUCCGAACGGAGGCAAGACGUGACGGAAGACCGCCUUUGACAUUACCGAUACUCGUCGUUUCUGGCACUCUGCUGGUAGCAGUCACGACGCAUUGGAUUCUGAGCAUUUGUCGCUUAUUCAUAGGUCUGGGAGGCCAUGGACCACAAGCAGCUGUGGCGUACUUGGCCGAAUGUGGCCAGCCACUUUAUGUGGCGCAAGUCGUCAUAGUGUUUCUAUGCAUAGUCAUAGCAGACGCGAUUUUGGUCUUCCGUCUCUGGGUCGUCUGGUCCUGCAAUAGGGCUGUGGUUGUACCUCCCCUUGCUAUUUUGGCUGGACUCGUGGCUUGUGGCGUAGGUGGCACAUAUGCUUCCACGGUAGUGGGACACACAGAGCCUGAAACGGAUGGGUUGACGAGCGAAGUCGGCAAGUGGACUAUGAGUGGUUUGAUCUGCACGCUCUGCACGAACCUGUACUGUUCAUGUAUGAUUGCAGGGAAGCUCCUUCGCACACAUCACCGCACUAAGCGCGCAGGUGCGUCCUGUGCAGUUAUUCUGAAUUGGCUCCCAAUACUCAUUGAGAGCGCGGCUUUCUAUACGGCAUGGUCACUCUUCUACACCAUAUCUUAUGGAGCCCAGAGCACCGCGAGGUACAUUGGCACCGCGUGUUUGCCCGCUGCAGCUGGAAUCGCUUGCACGCUCAUCAACGUUCGUAUCGGACUUGAUCAAUUACUGAAGAACGAACGGCGGCAGGGUAUUUGGGACAGAGCGCCGCAGUUCACGACGUGGAUACCGGAGUGGGUGUCGGAGACCUGCGACAACACUGAAGCUCAAGCCACGCAAUCACGGGACUCACGCGACGAUGCUAGGGACAAGGGAUGAUCACCGCUCUCCCACCCGCGGACCAAAUCUCCUUUGCUUGAGGAUUCGGAAUCGAGCCAGCCGAUCGUCCU